UUAAGGGAGGUUUCGUGCUGAAGAGACUCACAAAAGACAUGUCGGGGCGAAGAUUUAUCUCCUUCUUGAGUCGCAAUCCAUCACAUUCGGAGAAAGUGGUGGCGGAGGAAGGGAAAGCGAAGACGUGGGGGAGAAGGAUAGUGUCAGGGACCUUGAUUUGCUUAACAGGAGGAGUUGCUCUAAGUGCUCUUGAUGAUCUCUCUAUAUAUCAUAGCUGCAGCAGCAAGGCCUUGGAGAAAGCCAGUAAGAACAAGACGAUUAUAGAUGCUAUUGGGGAGCCCAUUGUUAGAGGUCCUUGGUAUAAUGCAUCAUUAGCAGUAGCUCACCAAAGGCAUUCUGUAUCAUGCACAUUCCCUGUCUCUGGACCACAAGGCACUGGAAUUUUUCAGUUAAAGGCAGUUCGUAAUGGAGAGGAGAAAUGGUCAUCAUUUUUACGACCAAGCGACUGGGAGAUACUCAUUAUGGAAGCUCUUGUACAUGUCCCGGGGAAUGAAGAGAAGCAGCAAACGUUUCGGAUAAGGGUUUCAGAUGACCUGCCUCCACCAGCUAGUAACUCGUCCACGGAUUGCACAUCUCAGGAAUCGUGUAGUGUGGAGAAGAAAUGACCUACAUCUAUUCUGCCAUGCUUGCUGCUCCCAACCUCACAUCCUCCAGUGGGGCUCUUCUAAUUUUUUUCAUACAAAUGAUAAGAGGUUUGCACAUUUAGCAUUGUGAAAUUCCAGUUCCAAGCACCAAAUCUAUGCUUGCAGGAAAGAUCGGAUCUUGUUGAGGCAAUUACAGAAUUAACAAGUGUUGCUAUAUACUUCUUUUUUUAAAUCGCGUAGUCUGUGAUUCUUUUAAAUUUUAAAACACUGUGAUUAGUGUGAUUGUGUGCAUUUGAUUACUGGUAUAAGAAUAAAUAAGUUCAUCAUCAAAAGUGUUGAUUUUGGCAAGGAAAGUGAAACCUUGCUGUAUUAUUUCCAA